AUGGUCGAUCUAUUUAAGUGGUACAAGGAGCGCUGUAACACGGAUGGUGUUCCAAACGAAUUGCAGUCGAAAAUUAUAACUGCAUCUUGCGGACAUCCAGCCUCUUUUAUAAUUCUUUUGAAGCUUUACCAUUAUUGUCGACCGACUGUAGACAGCUGGAAGAGUACAUUACAACUGCAGCUCGAAAAGUACAUGAACGGUACACAUUUCAAAAUCGAGAAUGCACUAAGGGAAAGAUCCCAGGAAGAUCAAGCAUGUAUUCGUAAUCUUAUAGGCAGUGCUGAUGGUUUGGAUACUAGUCUACAAAAAAUUGGCAAAGUCGAAAAGUACCUGCUCGACAUCGGUGUACUUGUGCAAUCUGAUGAUAAAAUCAAUUUUACGAGCGAGAUUAUCCUGCGUGUUUGUAUCAACUCCCUCUAG